CUCAGCGACCCCCAGGAGAGGGUGCAGUCUAUCUACGCACACAUUGGCAAACUGCCCAGGGCCAACUAUGACCUCUUGGAGCGCCUGGUCUUCCACUUGGCCCGAGUGGCCCAACAGGAGUCGGCUAACCGGAUGACCGCCAACUCUCUGGCCAUUGUGUUCGCGCCGUGUAUUUUGCGAACCGAUAAAGUGAUGCAAAUGCAGGACAAGCUCUCAGACAUCGGCAAACAAACUGUGUAUGUAUUCAUAUAG